AUGUUCUCAUUCAUCAAGUCUUCAGUCAUGUCUAACACAUUUACUCUAACGGGUUACACUAGCAAACUGUCUGCUAAUUUUUAUCCUCCAAUCGAGUUGGAUAUAAGUCCGGAAUAUGGUCUGGGGUUGAUUGGCUUUUAUUCGUACAACACCAUAUACAAUAUUGAUGAUCAACAUAAUAAAAUAUCUCUUACUCAUGAGGGUGACGAGAGUAAUGUGGUAACCCUUCCUGAAGGUGUUUAUGAAAUCGAAGAUAUCAAUAAAUACAUACAACAUGAAAUAAUAUCAAUGAAUGAUACAUAUAAAGAGAGAUAUGAAAACAAAGUUGAUCAAAUGUUCUCUUUGAAAGCCAACACUAAUACUUUGAAGUGUGAACUCCAUUCUGUAUUCGAUAUUGCUCUGUCCAAUUCUAUGGCAACUAUGCUUGGAUUUAAGAACAAAAAUUUUCCCAGAAACAAAAUCUACACAUCGAAUUUAUAG